AUGGCUGACUCUUUACUGGAGCUCCUGGCUCCGAAACUCGACAUCGACAAGCCCCAAAUAUCCGACAGCACAACGACACAAUAUCUGAAUCGGCUGCCGACUUUGUCCUUGGAUGCAUUGCAAACCACCGAACCGCAAUCGUUGGCACAGUCCUCCCACUCGUCGCUCCUUUCCCUUCAAGCGCUGUCAAAUCGCUCCCAUCGAUCUUUUGUCGCCUCAGCCGAUCAUCUCUCCACUCUAAGCGCAUCAAUACCGCAAUUGAAACUGGAGGCGCAUCAGUUGCGCGAUGCUGUCCCAGAGCUCGAUGAGGAAGCCGUCAGGUUCUCCACAAAAUACAGCAAGACCACAGAUAAUGCAGCACUAGAGAGGAGGAAGAAAGCCAUGCAGCUAGCUCGCAACGUGGAUCGAUUGUCAGACAUCCUUGAACUGCCAUCCCUUUUGUCCGCCGCGGUUUCUGCGGCGUCUGCCAACUCAGGCGCAUCAGUGGCCUCUACAACAUAUUCCUCAGCGCUUGAUUUACACGCACAUAUCAAGCGCCUUCAGUCAAUAUACCCGGGCUCACCAUUAGUUCAGGACGUCGCCUCGCAGGCAGAAGAUGCCAUGAAAGAGAUGACGACCAACUUGAUUGCAGGUCUCCGAGCCCCGAACCUCCGGCUAGCAGCCGGUAUGCGAACCGUGGGCUGGCUCCGGCGCGUCGCACCAGAUCUUGAAACUCUUCGAAGUGAGGGAGCCAUAGGUUCGGGAGAAGGAGCACUGGGUGCUAUUUUCUUGAUCUGUCGCUUGGCGCAUCUGGUAUCUACCCUGGAGGCCUUGGAUCCAUUGCGAGAGCUUGCCGAUCAAGAGUCACAGCGGAGGACAAGCAGUGGAGAUUCAUCCGAAAGCUGGUCGGGUGGUCAGCAGACAGAUCGCUAUCUCAAACGAUACAUCGAGAUCUUCCGUGAACAAAGUUUUGCCAUCAUCUCGCUGUACAAAAACAUUUUCAACUCUGAGCAAUCUGACCUUGAGUCUGGGGUUCCCAAUAUUCGAAGCCUAGACAUCUCCAAAAUUUCAAAUCAAACACCUCGACCGGAUGACCCAUUACAGACUCUUCCUUCGGCCCUGGCGACCUUCCCAAUGCACCUGGUGCAGUUGUUGACGGACACAGUGCGCACAUACCUUCCCAAUGUCCGGGACCGCAGCUCAAGGGAAAGCCUGCUCACUCAGCUGCUGUACUGCGCCGCUAGCCUCGGUCGACUUGGAGGUGACUUUGGAAUGAUUCUGACCGAGCUGGAUGAAGAGGAAGGCAUUGCAUAUGAAUGGGAAGACGUAAUGCGAAAGCAUCGAGCUUUGGCUGGUCGUCUGGAACAACUGACGAGUCGGGUACCUGUACACUAG